AUGCCCUCCGAAACACCCCCCUCCGUGGUCCAGGGCGCCUCGCUCCUCAUCCUCCUCCAGCUGCUCUCGCGCCUCGUCACCUUUGUCGCGAACCAGCUGCUCGUCCGCCUGCUCACCGCGCCCCUGCUCGGCCUCGCCACCCAGCUCGACGUCUACUACCUCUCCGUCCUCUUCUUUGCCCGCGAGAGCCUCCGCGUCGCCAUCCAGCGCCAGGGCGUCGCUGCUCACCAGAAGCAGGAGCAGAAGCGGCGUGGGCAGGGCAAGGAGGCCCAGGCCGUCGUCAACCUCGGUUAUCUCGCCCUCGCACUCGGCGUGCCCGUCGCAGUCGCCCUCGCGUGGCUCUAUCUCGCCUCCGCCAGCCCUGCCACCCUCGCCCGUCCGCAUCUCGUUGUCUCCCUGCGCCUCUACGCCCUCGCCGCCCUCGUCGAGCUGGUUGCUGAGCCGUGCUUCGUCCUCAUGCAGAUGCGUCUCCGCUUCGCCACCCGUGCCGCCGCAGAGUCGCUCGCCACCCUGCUGCGCUGCCUCGUCGUCUUUGGCGCCGUCGUCACUGCUUCCCGCCGCGGCCUCGACGUCGGCGUCUUGCCCUUUGCCCUGGGCCAGCUGGCCUACGCCUACGCCCUGCUCGCCAUCUACCUCGUUGCCGGCUUGCGCCUCGCCUCGGACGAAGGCUUCUCUCUCGUCCCCAAGGCCGUCGGUACUGGCGCAGACUUUUGCAUGACCUACUUUUACCGUCCCACCGUCAGCCUCGCCGCUAGCAUGAUGGCCCAGAGCGUCGUUAAGCACCUCCUCACCCAGGGCGACACAUUUCUCGUCUCCCUGCUCGCCAGUCCCCAGGUCCAGGGCGUCUACGCCCUCGCAAACAACUACGGCGGUCUCGUUGCCCGCCUCCUCUUGCAGCCCGUCGAGGAGAGCUGCCGCAGCUACUUUUCCCGCCUCCUGUCCUCCUCGCCUGCUACCCCUGCUGACGACGCAACCCCUUCUGCCGCAGUCUUGGAGGCGAGGCGCAGCCUCACUACCCUCGCGCGCCUCUAUCUCGUCCUCUCCGCCGUCGUCGCUAGCGUCGGCCCCUUUGCCGCCCCCUCGCUCCUCGCCCUCGUCGCCGGCAGCCGCUGGGCCGGCGUCGGGGCCGGCCAUGUCCUCGCCACCUACUGCUUCUACGUGCCCUUUCUCGCCCUCAACGGCCUCGCAGAGUCCCUCGUCGCGUCCGUCGCCACCGAGCGCCAGGUCCACCGCCAGUCGCUCUGGAUGGCCGCCUUUUCCGUCGUCUUUGCCGCCGCCGCCUACCUCUUGAUGCGCGUCUACCAGCUCGGCGCCCGCGGCCUGGUCUUGGCCAACAUUGUCAACAUGCUGUGCCGCAUCGUCUGGAGCGCUGCCUUUAUCAAGGCAUUUUUUACCGUUUACCGCGCCCACUUCUCCGUCGCCUCCCUGCUGCCGCGCUCGACCCUUGUCGUCUCACUCGCCACCUUUAUCGUGUUGCGCCAGCUCGACGUCCUGGACAAGGCCGAGUCUGAGCCCGUCCAGACGCUCGCCAAGGUUGCAGGCUCCGCCGUGCCGCUGCUUCUCAUGAUUGUCCAUUUCGAAAAGAGCCUGCUGCUCGAAUGCUUCCAGUCGGUACGCGGGCGCAAAGGGACCAAGCCGUAA